AUGAUGGGUUGGUGGUCGUCCUCCGCGACAACCGCUCUGGACGAGCAGAUCGAGAAAGCCACAAGUAGCAGCCUCGAGGACAUAGCUCUCAACCUCGAGAUUUCCGAUGUCAUCAGAUCCAAGACCGUACCGCCGAAAGAGGCCAUGCGCUCUCUCAAGAAGCGUAUCGGCAACAAGAACCCCAAUACUCAACUGAGUGCGCUGAACCUCACGGAUACAUGUUUCAAGAAUGGAGGGCAGCACUUCCUCAUAGAGAUUGCGUCUCGCGAGUUCAUGGAAAGUUUGGUCUCACUGCUGAAGGCCGUUGGACCAGCCUCGGUAAACUCGGAGGUCAGAGGAAAGAUCCUGGAGCUGAUCCAGUCUUGGGCUGCGGCAACAGAAAGUCGUUACGACCUUUCGUAUAUCGGUGAAGUCUACAAGACUCUCCAGCGCGAGGGCUUUCAGUUUCCUCCGCGAGUGACUGUAGCGAGUAGUAUGAUAGACAGUAGUGCGCCGCCUGAAUGGGUCGACUCAGACGUAUGCAUGCGGUGUCGAACGCCCUUCACUUUUACCAACAGAAAGCAUCACUGUCGGAACUGUGGAAACUGCUUUGACCAGCAGUGCUCUACCAAGUCAAUCCCCCUGCCUCAUCUUGGCAUACUACAAGCCGUAAGGGUUGAUGACGGAUGCUACGCAAAGCUUACGGACAAGUCUGGAAAGGGUGGCGGCAGUGGGCCUGGUCAGGAGCGCUCGACUUUGUACUCGAACUUCCCUCCGAAAGCUCGUAGUACCUCUGGCAUGCAACCCCGCGAUGCCAGGAUUGACGAUGGUUUUGAUGAGGAUUUGAAGAAGGCCCUGGCUAUGAGUCUAGAGGAAGUGCGAAGCCAUUCAAGGGGCUACGUGCCAAAUCAGACCAACGGAUCUAGUCCUGAACAAACGAAGGUGAACGGUCAUUCGCCAACGCCGAAGCCUGCCGCCGUCGAAGAAGAGGAUGAAGAUCUGAAAGCUGCCAUUGCGGCAUCACUUGCAGAUAUGGAGGAGCAGAAGAAGAAACAUGCUGCAGCUCUCAAGGAGCACACCUCGACGGCCGGAGCCACAUCAUCGGCACCUUUUGCUUUGCCAAAGAAUGACUAUGAACUCACUCCUGUCGAAGCUGAGAACAUCAAUCUCUUUUCCACCCUUGUCGACCGACUUCAGUCGCAACCCCCUGGCACCAUUCUGAGAGAGCCUCAGAUUCAGGAGCUAUAUGACAGUAUUGGUACCUUGCGACCGAAACUAGCGAGGACGUACGGAGAGACAAUGAGCAAGCAUGGUAAGUGUUUGAGAUACCUGUAG